AUGGCAGAACCACCGCCCAAAAAGACAACCAUAGCCAUCAUCGGCGCCGGCAUCGCAGGCCCGUUCUUCGCCCUAACAAUCCUCUCUCAUCCCCUCCUCUCCCAGCUCUACAAACCAGUAAUCUACGAACGGCUACCAGAGGAGAGGGAAGCAGGAGGAGCAGCAGUAGCCCUCACCUCCAACGCGCUCUCCCCGCUUUACGAGCUUGGCUUGAAAGACGCACUUAACGCCAUCAGCUGCGAGACACAACGCAUCCUCAUCUCUCGCUCCUUCCCUUCUUCCCCCUCCCCCCAGUCCCAAGAACAAGACCGCCCUGCACCCCAGCUCAAUCAAAUCCUCCAUCCAAACUGGCACUCCGACCUCUCCACCUGUCUGCGCGUUGUAGAACGUGCAGCCCUGCAAUCUCUCCUUUUAGACAGGGUGCGAGAAUUAGGAGGCGAGGUAGUCUGGGAGCGGAGUCUCCGUUGGGUGGAGCGCGUGGAUGAUGGCGAGGGUGUGAAGAUGUUGUUCCAGGGCGGGAUCGAGGAGCGUGCUGGAUUGGUGAUUGGGGCUGAUGGGGGCUGGUCUUUUGUGAGGAGGCUUAUUGUUGCUUCCAAAGCAACGCCGACGAAGAGCUGGAGCCCGGCGUUUGCGGGCGCGGAUGCGAUUUACGGCGUUUCGAGACGGAUGGAGAGGUCCGGAGAUCGGGUGGGAGAGGGGGAGGAGCAGAUGGAAGGAGACACGCACUGGGUUUUCCUCAACGGCGGUAUGGGUUCUACUUGGGCUUUGCGAGAAGGGAAGGUGUUCUGGACACUGACUUUCUUCACUAAGACGCCGCCGGAAAGGAAAUCUGCUGCCGCAACGAGACGGGGAGAGGGAGAGGGUGAGAGCAACUUAUACGGUGCCUCCGUCAGCCUCGGCGGCUACUCUCUCGAAGAAACCCAGAAGGUUCUGGAGAAGUACGAAAAUGCGUGGCAUCCCACAGCAGGCACCUUCGGGAAUCUGUUACGGAACAGCGAGAGGAUAGUCCGAACGCCGCUAUAUUCCCGCGCUUGGGAAGCGGAGGAGAUCGUAGGGGAGAACAUGGUGUUAAUUGGGGACGCGAGUAGGCUUAUGUUGCCUACUAGUGGCCAAGGAGCAUGUUUCGCCAUCGAAGACGCCACAGUCCUUGCCAACGCCCUCUUGAACAACCCACCUUCUUCACAAACCGGCGAACUAGAUUUCUCCGCCGCCAUCUCCGCCUACACCUCCGCCCGCAUUCCCCGCUCAAAGAGCAUGACGAAGCAGAGUUACUGGACUGGCGUUGUAAUGAGCUGGGUAGACACCUGGUGGUUGCGAUGGUUUGUAGAUCUAAGCACAACCUGGCUACCAAGCGGCGAUCCGAAACUGAGCAAGGAGAAGCCUAAAGAUCCGAUGGGAUGGAUUUAUGAUCAGAGGUAUAAGGUCGAACUUCGAGGGGAAGAUGGGAGUUCAGAUGGAUGA